CCUCCCCGGGCGCCCCCGCCGCCCCCUCCCUCGGCCUGACCCUCCCCGGCGUCCACCCGGCUCCCCCCGCACUCCACCCCACUCCCCGGAGUCGUUUUAUCAGGGGCGCCGCCGUCUCACCUGGUAUUUGCAUCUCGCCCUCCAACUUGCCAUUGGCGGCGCGACGUGUGGGAGAGCCCUGCGCCUCGCCCGCCCGGACCAGCCUGCCCCGGCGCCGAGGCACCUGUGAGUCUCCGUGACAUUCUUCUACGAAAGGAGCUUGAAUUUAUUCACUCUGAAGGAGAGUGAAGCCUUUGGUCCAGGAGUCAGCAAACUUUUCCUGCAAAGGACCACAUAGUCGCUCCUGCGCUUGGCCCAGCUCAGCAUGCAGCCUUGAACCUGGCUUAGGCCACCACCUACUCCAGCUCUCUACAACCCCUAUUUUACCGUGGCUCGUGGUGUGGGCUCUAGGCUCCAAGGUACAGCAUCUCUUCAUUUAGGAAACCCCACACCUCCAGAGGGCCCUGCGGAUCCUGCAGUCAGCUCUCUGAGAAGACAGCAUGGCUAUUACUCUGCAGCCCAGUGACCUGAUCUUUGAGUUUGCAAGCAACGGAAUGGAUGACAUCCACCAGCUGGAAGACCCUUCAGUGUUCCCAGCUGUGAUCGUGGAGCAGGUCCCCUACCCCGAAUUACUGCAUCUGUACUCAGGCCUGGAGCUGGACGACGUUCACAAUGGCAUCAUAACAGACGGGACCUUGUGCAUGACUCAGGAUCAGAUCCUGGAGGGUAGUUUUUUGCUAGCAGAUGACAAUGAAGCAACCUCGCAAACCAUGUCAACCACUGAAGUCUUGCUGAACGUCGAGUCUCCCAAUGACAUCCUGGAUGAGAAGCAGAUCUUCAGCACCUCCGAAAUGCUUCCAGACCCGGACCCUGCUCCAGCCGUCACUCUGCCCAGCUACCUGUUUCCUGUCUCUGAGCCCGACGCCCUGAACAGGGCUGGUGACACUGGUGGCCAGGAGGAGUGCUGUCUGGAGGAGAAGGUCCCCAGAGAAGAAAGUACCAAGAAGACUGGAAAAUCGAAGAAGAGACUCCGGAAGACCAAGGGCAACCGCAGUACCUCACCCGUCACUGACCCCAGCAUCCCCAUUCGGAAGAAAUCGAAGGAUGGCAAAGGCAGCACCAUCUACCUGUGGGAGUUCCUCCUCGCACUUCUGCAAGACCGGAACACCUGCCCCAAGUACAUCAAGUGGACCCAGCGAGAGAAAGGUAUCUUCAAGCUGGUGGAUUCCAAAGCGGUGUCCAAGCUGUGGGGGAAGCAGAAGAACAAGCCUGACAUGAACUAUGAGACGAUGGGACGGGCACUAAGAUAUUACUACCAAAGAGGCAUCCUUGCCAAAGUGGAAGGGCAGAGGCUGGUGUACCAGUUUAAGGAGAUGCCCAAGGACCUGGUGGUGAUUGAAGAUGAGGACGAGAGAAGUGAAGUCCCAGCCACAUCCCCUCAGGCCUCCACUCCCUCCACCUCGUCCAGCAGCACCACCCGGCGAGCCAGCUCCAGGGUAUCAUCCAGAGCUGCCCCGCAUGGCAAGGGCGCCACUUCCUGGGAAAAGCCAAAGGUUCAGCACGUUGGUCUACAGCCAUCUGCGAGUCUGGAAUCGGGACUGUCUCUAGACGAGGAGAUCCCCACUACCUCCACGGUGCUUGUCUCUCCACCAGAGAGCCAGGCCAAACGCACCAAAGCUGUGAGUACUUCUUCAGUGCCCAGCAACAUCCACCUAGGAGUGGCCCCUGUCGGGUCAGGCUCGGCCUUGACCCUGCAGACCAUCCCGCUGACCACAGUGCUGACCAACGGGCCUCCUGCCAGUACUACUGCUUCAACCCAGCUCGUUCUCCAGAGUGUUCCGCCUGCUUCGACCUUCAAGGACACCUUCACUUUGCAGGCCUCCUUCCCCCUGAACACCAGUUUCCAAGAGAACCAGGUGGCAGCACCAGGGGCUCCGCUGAUUCUCAGUAGCCUCCCCCAAAUUCUGGCUGGGGGCAACUGUCCGACCAAUCCAGCACCACCCUCGGUCACAGGGGCUGGCCCAGCAGGGCCCAGCUCUCAGCCCCCCGGGACUGUGAUUGCGGCCUUCAUCAGGACUUCCGGUGCCACAGCAGCCCCUGGGGUCAAGGAGGGGCCUCUGAGGCCCUCCUCCUAUGUACAGGGCAUGAUGACUGGGGCCCCCAUGGAGGGGCUGCUGGUUCCUGAAGAGACCCUGAGGGAGCUCCUGAGGGAUCAGGCUCACCUUCAGCCACUUCCAACCCAGAGUACUUACUAUCCCGUACGUGAAUAUCUCUGUAUGUAUUUGUGUGUACUCGUGGGUCUGUAUCUCCAUUUCUUUGGUGAGGACGGGGGUGUAGCUGUGAGGUCUUCAAGGGUGUGUGUCUCUCUGUGGGUCAGCCACAGAGAUGGGGAGUUUUCUGUUUUAAGGGAAAGCCUUCUCCGGUUCCCUUUGUACAAACCAAGAUUCGGUUGUUCUGAGCCUAUGGGGUACAGGUUGGAGCCGCCACAUCUGGAGAGAUGUCACAGAGCUGGAGCAGGUCCAGGGGAAGAGACCUUCGAUGAGCAUGUGUGUUGGGGAAGACGCUUUCUUCCUGGGGUCAGCCUCUUUGCCCACCAGUCAUUAGCCAGCAGGCCGGAAACAUCAGCUCCCCAGAGCGCUUCGCUGAAGCGCCCCUCCAGGGGCAGACCCAGCCACAACGUCCCCGGGGGGAGGGGGGCUAAAUUAGCUGGAUGUUUGCGCCAAGGGCUCGGGCUGUAAUACCAGCCUUCACGGGUGCCCUGCCCUGCACCCCGAAUCCUGGCUUCCCUCUUGAUUAAUUUUGCCCCUGCCGCUUCCCUGCUGGCAGGCGGGGCCGGGGACAGUCGGAUAAUCCAGUAGCGGUGUGCUUCGGGCCCACCUCUGUCCCCGCUCGUGCCUACUUGCUGCUCAGCCUACUUUCUACUCCCCUCACAGGUCGGUCCACCCAGCCACUUCCGCGACCGCUGCAGCAGACCACCUCCAGUGGGCCGCGGCCCCUGACCUCCAGCUUUCUCACCUCACCCUGAUUCCUCCUCCACGAAGACGGGAGCCAGCAGCUGUGAGCUCCCUGUUCCUCCUGUCUCUCCAUGUGCCUUCCUUCCAUCUUUCCUCUUUCUGAGAAGGGGUCAGCCAAUUUUCUCUUGAAGUCAACCCCUCGGCCUGGGGCCUCCAUCCUGUCCCCUGUCUCUUCUGUGAAUUCGCUUUCCUCUCUCUGCCACGUUUCAGAGCCAGCCUAAGAGCUCUAAUAUGUCAGCCUUGGAAACAGUGAUAUUAUCUGGUGAAUUUGGUUAAUGUGAAUCAGUGCCUCAGGACCUUUGCUAUGUCCCUGGCACAAAACCAGCCACGUGACCUAACUACCUCCCCUGGUUGCCCUUCUCUCUCCUUCUGGUCACUGCCAAGCCCAUUAUCGUCCUCUUGUUCUCCCUCUUCUCCCCCCAGGAGGGAAGCAUACAUGGUUGUGCAGGUGUAUUUCUCACACGUCUCCAGCGCUUGGCGUUAACGUGAUUUUUUUCUAAUAAAAUCAGUUUAUUAUGACCAUUUCCUGGUGGCGGAAAGUAAAGCAUCUUGAAGGGGGUCACCUUUAAAAGUAAUUUUGGCACAAAGGUGCCACGUGGGUUGAGACUGGCCCUGCCCCCCUCACCCCAACCCCAUAGAACUCAUCAUACGAAGGUCUUCUUCACACUUCUUGGCCCCUGUGAGCCCUCACGGCACAUGACACUACUUCCCAUCCCCUUGGGCACUAGCUGGGCUCAUCCGAGUCCUCCGUCACCCUCUCUCUCUGUGCCCGUCGGGCUCCACAUCCACCACUUUACAUGUGGGUGCCCCCAAGGGCCUCAUCCACCCUCCUGGCUCCAGGAGGGCUCUUUGGGUUGGGUCUGGAAUCUAGAGCUCCAGCCCUCACUCUUCUCCUCAGCUUGUGGCUCACAAUCCUAGCGGUCUGCUGGACAGUUCUACCCGGGUGCCUGUCAGUCCCUCAAAGAGUGCCCCUCUAUCAAAAAUGGCUAUUUGAAAGUCCUCCACACACACAAAACCUUUCGAAACAAAAAGGCCAUCAUGACUUGCCUGUUUCUCUUAAUGCUGCCACCAUCUUCCUGACCUUCUAAGCUUGACAUUUGAGAGCCAGCUGAUGGCUGUGUUCACUUGACCCUGUCCCCGCCCCAUUUCCUGAACUCCAGCGCAGUUUGCCAUUGUCUCUCAAAUCUGGCCGUUCUUCCACAUUCCCAGCCUAGCUCAAACUCACUCAGAGCUUAACCCCGUCCCCAGACAUAUUGGCAGCCCCCCAGGGUGAUCCGAC